ACACACACACCACACACACACGUACAGCAUAAACGGAGAAUUCAAAGAAGAAAGCCCUGUUUUACAGGAACAAAUGAUCGACAAGUAAAUGUUUGCUGUACAAAUGUAAAAGAAGUACCCAUGGAUCUAAGUGAGGAGGAGUCAGCCCCUCUGGUGAUCAGAGACCGGGGCGGCAGCCAGAGGUCCAGGUCUAGCAAUGGUCCCAGUUUACAAGUACAUCUCUACUUCCUACCAGCCACAAAGGAUGCAACAACAAUACACAUUUCAUCUGGCCAAAUCUCUGCCGAAGAUGUCUGCAUCCAAGCAGGCAAAAGAUGUGGAAUCUUACCAGUGUACCAAAGUGUUUUUGGUUUGGCAUCUGCGGAUCUCUCAUUUUGGUAUCCUCCAUCGCACAUGUUCAACACAGAAGAAAAUGUACAAGUUCACUUUAGAGUCAGGUUUUUCUUUGGAAACUGGUUUGGACAAGGACCAGGAACAUCGUACCGCUACAGUUUGACCAGAGACAGAAUCAGUCCAGUGUUUGACGGCGGGGUCAUUGAUUAUCUCUUUACUCAGUUGCGAAGUGACUUCAUUGCAAGUGAAGCAGGAGUGUGUCCACCUUUGAGUGCUCAAGAGGAAUGCCUUGGCCUUGUUGUGUUGGACUUGUUGAGAAUGGCCAAAGAGCGCAAUCAGAGCGUAAAAGAGCUCUGCAAGACUGUCAGCUACAAAUCAUGCCUUCCUAUGUCACAUCGCCAUGACAUUCAGAGACGAAACCGCCUGUAUCGUUAUCGAAUCCGAAACACCCUCAAGCGUUUCUUAAAGAAGCUUGGCAACUGCUCGGUAGAUGAGUGCAGCUUGAAGCUGAAGUACCUGAUUGAACUGGCUGGGAUCGUGCCCUCUCUGGGAAGCGAAACCUUCCAAGUUAAUCCUUCUUCCUCCCAAUCACAGUCAACUUUCUCUCUCGUAAGGAUCACUUGGGAAAGUGGAAUUGAAACCAGUGGAAGUUCUGAUCCCGAUGGGGCAUUGGAGUGGAACACCUUCUGUGAUUUCAAAGAAAUCAUCGACAUUGGUAUAAAGAGGGUAUGCCAUGAGCAAGUUCCCCAAGACAGCAGGAUGGUGACAAUAACUCGAAAAGAUGACAGAUGCUUGGAAGCCAACUUCCAGAGUCUCAAGGAAGCACUUUCAUUUGUGUCUCUCAUUGAUGGCUACUUCAGACUAACCACAGACUCUAGCCACUACUUCUGUCAAAACAUUGCCCCUCCAAGUGUUCUGGAGGGGAUCAAAAACCAUUGUCACGGCCCAAUCACAUCAGAGUUUGCAGUCAACAAGUUGAAAAAGUCAGGAUUUGAAGGCGGGAAGUUCCUUCUCCGGCAGAGUCCCAGGAACUAUGACAACUUCUUCCUCACUGUUUGUGUUCAGACUCCACUUGGACUUGACUAUAAAGACUGUCUCAUAAUUAAGAAUGAGCAUUACAAUCUUCCUGGAGUCCAGAAAUUAUUUACCAGCUUGAAAGAGCUCAUCAGCCAUUACCAACACAACAAGCUUCUACUGGCUGAAGUGCCUGUCAAGUUGGCCCGCUGCUGUCCACCCCAACACAAAGAGCUCACUAAUCUGAUCAUCAUACGCCACAGCAGCUCUGUAGAAGCUCAAGGGUCUCCAACACCUCAAAGGAACAAAUUCAGUCACAUCCAAUUUCACAUGAUCAAAUAUGAAGACCUGAAAUGGGGUGAAAGCCUUGGACAGGGAUCCUUCACUCGAAAUUUCAAAGGCUACAAAACAGACAUCCGUGAUGGGGAGAAACACGUGACACCUGUGUUCCUGAAACAGCUUGACGUCGUUCAUAAAAACUGCUGGGAGUCAUUCUUUGAAGCUGCCAGCUUGAUGAGUCAAAUUUCACACAAACACCUCCUCCUUGUCUAUGGUGUUAGUGUUCAUGGAGUCAAAAACAUCAUGGUGCAGGAGUUUGUUGAGUACGGCGCCCUUGACCUUUACUUGAAGAGAAGGAGAUCUGUGUCAGUGAGCUGGAAACUUGACGUUGCCAAACAGCUUGCGUCUGCCCUCAACUUUUUGGAAGAAAAGAACAUUGUGCAUGGAAAUAUUUGCGCCAAAAAUCUGCUGCUGGCCAGAGAAGAUGACCCGUCGCAGGGCAGUUCUCCUUUCAUCAAGCUGAGCGACCCAGGCAUCAGUGUCCCCAUGCUGGGCAAGGACGUGAUCCUGGACAGGAUCCCCUGGGUGGCCCCUGAACUGCUGGACGACCCGGACAACCUGACUCUGGAUUGUGAUAAGUGGAGCUUUGGUGCCACUGUGUGGGAAAUCUUCAACAGUGGCAACACUCCACUGCGAGGGUGGGACUUGGACAAGAAGCAGCAGUUUUAUGAGAGCUCCCAGCAGCUGCCUCCCUCCCAGUGGACGGAGCUAGCCGAACUUGUCAGUCAGUGUAUGGACUACCAGGCAGACUUCAGACCCUCCUGUCGUAGUAUCAUCCGACAACUCAACAGUCUGAUCACUUCAGACUAUGUUAUACUUCACGCUACUGAGCCCGUUGCAAAGAGCCCUGUGCGGAGAACCUCAGCCCUUGCUCAACAGGAGCAGACUUUGUUUGAGGAGAGACACCUUUGCUUCAUCUCCUCUCUGGGGAAAGGAAACUUUGGCACCGUUGAACUUUGCCGUUAUGACCCACUGGGCGAUAACACUGGUGAGCUGGUUGCUGUGAAAAAGCUGCAGCCCAACAAGAAGUCGACCUUGGAGGACUUCAAGAAGGAGGUCAACAUCCUCAGCAUUUUUGAGUGCGACUACAUUGUCAAAUACAAGGGAGUCUGCUACAGCACGGGUCGCCUCAGUAUGAGUUUGGUUAUGGAGUACCUGCCGUACGGCAGCCUUAUUGGCUACUUGGAUAGUUACCGACAUGUCAACACCAAGCGGAUGCUGCUUUUUGCUUCUCAGAUCUGUAAGGGGAUGGAGUACCUGCAGACGCUGCGUUAUGUGCACCGAGACCUCGCAGCCAGAAAUAUCCUUGUGGCCAGCGAGUCGCUGGUGAAAAUCGCUGAUUUUGGGCUGACCAAGAUUAUUCCUUUUGACAAGGAGUACUACCGUGUCAUGCAGCCUGGAGAGAGCCCCAUUUUUUGGUACGCUCCAGAGUCCAUCAACGAAUCCAUAUUUUCCCACAAGUCAGAUGUCUGGAGUUUUGGAGUCGUUCUUCACGAGCUUUUCUGCUACUGCAACACAAACUACAAUCCAAAAAGACUAUGUAUGCAGGAGAUUGGACACUAUGUGCAGAGUCCAUCAAUGCAUCUGGAAACCAUUCUGAAGAACAACUGGAGGUUGCCGGCUCCUCCAGACUGCCCUCCCAAGGUGUACUGUUUGAUGAAGCAGUGCUGGGCGUAUGACUUCGAGGAGCGACCAUGUUUCUCCAGCUUGGGGAAACAAAUUGAAAAUAUCAUGCAGGGAGAAAGAGAGAGCCCUAAAGGCUAACAAAGAGCCCUGUUGCACAUCACAGAUUCAAAUGAUGAUACACAGGUCUCACACUCAGCAGUGGACAAUAUCAAGUUAUGUUAGCAUUUACAUACUGACCUGUUAGUGACCAACAUAUAGGCCACUCCCUAAGACCAGUGGUGGAAUUUAACCGCAUUUACUCAAGUACUGUACUUCUGUACAAAUUUGAGGUAGGGUACUUGUACUUAACUUUAGCAUUUCCAUGUCGUGCAACGUUAUACUUCUACUCCACUACAUUGCUGUAGUGUACUUCAGUUACAAUACACAUAACAAUUCCUGUCCAGUGAAAACAAAAAAAGGUUGAUUUUGAGUGUUUGUUAUAAACUGAAGGAUGAAGUGUUCCUUUAUGUGUUGAGAAAAUUGUCAUCGUGCAUUUCUGCACAAUGAGUACUUUUGAUAUUUUUUGUAAAUAUUGCUCACAAUACAUACAUACUUUUACGUGAGUAAGGUUUUGAAAGCAGAACUUUUACUUACAGAGGAGUAUUUUCACAGUACGGUAUUAGUACUUUUACUUCAGUUAAGUAUUUGAGUGCUUCUUCCACCACUGGUGUAUUUUUGCAGGCAUUACCCAUAAUUCAAACACACACUAUUUGAACAUACUCACAUAAGAACAUGUUAUUUGGUUCAUUUUUGAUUAUCGGUAUUUGACGAGUUUGGAGUGAGAAUGUGGUGGCCUGGCAACAAAAGAGGACACCAUAAUUAUCAAAGGCAGAUCAAGAAUAGAAAUAACAUGAAUGUAACUUCAGUUCUAAAAAAUACAUGUGGUACUUAGGAAAUAAACAUAUAUUGUUCAGAGCGAUAACAAUAAAACUCUCCCUAACCACAUUUAAGGUCUUAAUGCUGACCUGCCAGGCAGCUACUUAAUGUGCUCAAUCUGGAACAUUCCAUGUUUUCUUAGAGUUGAAUAUAUUUAACUUAUAUUAUAAGUAUAGAACAAAUCUGUACCGCCUCAACGCUCAAAUUACUUUUCUACAGAAUAAAGAAUUAUGAGAUUAUAUUUGGGUAACAUUUCAAGAACAGUAUUUACUGGAACUCGUUCCUCAUGCCUGAAUUAUAUUAUCAUUAAUGAAUACUGUAUGAUUUAGAAAAUGCAAUCUACACUUCACUGGGCACGGCAAAGCAUGUAUAAGACGUGUAUGUAUGACUUUUGUAUGUGUCUAAAGGAGUCUAACUUCUAAAGUAUUACAGAAGCUGAAAACAGUUUUAAGGCUUUGCUUUGUAUUUCUUUAAUGAAAAAGUAUUGAAAACAAAAAUGCUUUUUGCAUCUAAUUUUACAUUUU